AAACGAGCUUCGCCACCCGACAGCUUCUCUGCUCAUUUGCACGGCAUAUCAUUCGCGUGUAUUGGCAUUCGCACAAGUGCUAUAAGCGUUUCGCCCUACGAGAAGCGACCUGUCUCAGAACCUACAGCCGUGAUUUUGAGACUCCUGGCCACCAUUGGCGCGGUGUACAGCAUACUUCGUACAUGUUCCCAGCAUUCACGGCAUAGAGCACGCAACCGACAAAGAUUGAAACAAACCCGAGGGUCGUCUUUCAGAAAUGGCUGUCAGCCUCGCCGAGCUCGACGCCCAUGAGCAGCCCUCGGACGAGAUGCGCGCCGAGUGGAAGUCUUUUUCCAAGCAGGAGCCCGAGGCCCUCAUGCAACACCCACGCAUCGACGAUCCUCGACUGCCGCUCGAAAGAUCUGGCUUCCGACAGACGGCCCCCAUCAAGCGAGAGCAGCUUCAGCAGGCGUUUUCAGACUUAGAUCCCGAGUUUGUGAACCUCGCGCGGGAGGAUGCGCCCGUCUUGUUCCACCCUUUGCUACCGGGCCUGCUCAUAGUACCGUCGCUCGUGCCGGCGCCCAUUCAGAUCGCUCUGCUGGAUAGGAUGCUGCACCGCGAUCUGAACAACCCGGUGCAUCAGACCAACAUGCAUCUGCACUACACCCUCCCCUACCCAGAACCCGCCUCGUCACCAUCGCCACCAUCACGCCCGUCUUGUUCCUCCCCAUCCCUCAAUCAUUCCUCUUCCUCCUCACAGCCAGCGGCACCGGCAUCACAACCACCACUCCCCGCAUCAUUCUUCUCCCUCCCUCCCAACGCGCCCGGCACGUUCACGCCCAAGGAUCCUACCGUGCACAAGCCCCUCUCCGCGCGGCAAGUCCUCCAGCGGCGGCUGCACUGGGUCACCCUCGGCGGGCAGUACGACUGGACCAACCGCGUGUACCCGGACGCACCGCCGCCGGCCUUCCCGCCCGACCUGGCCGCCUUCCUGGAGGGCCUCUUCCCGCAGACGUACGCCCAGGCGGCCAUUGUCAACUUCUACUCCCCCGGCGACACCAUGAUGAUGCACCGCGACGUUAGCGAGGAGACGGACCGCGGGCUUGUGAGCUUGAGUUUUGGCUGUGACUGUUUGUUUAUGAUUGCUCCCAACGAUACGUCCGCCUCCUCCUCGUCGACGAAGGCGCAACCGGAGACGGAGGGUACGAAGAUCGCGCGUGGUGAAGUGCUGGAUGAUGACAAUGGUGCUGGCGACGGUGCGCAUGGAGCUGCUACUCACCACGCAGAGACGAACGAGAAAAAGUACCUGCUCCUUAGGCUGCGCUCUGGUGACGCCAUAUAUAUGACGAAAGAGUCGCGGUACGCCUGGCACGGCGUGCCCAAGGUGCUCAGGGGCACGUGCCCCGACUACCUGGACAGCUGGCCCGCCCAGGCUGACGGGAAGUACGCCGAAUGGGAGGGUUGGAUGAAGAACAAGAGGAUUAAUCUCAAUGUCAGGCAGAUGAGAGACUAAGUAGCAUGGGGCACGAGCUUCACGCAAGCAUCUCUCGGCGUCCCACAACAUAGUGCCAGUAAGACUAACAGUCAGGCGCUCGUCGCUACGCUCAUAUUAAAUCGACAGCGGCACCGCCUGCCAUCUAUGCUUGUAUGAUUCUACAGUACAAAAGUCAACACCCACACGCUUAUGCAAAGCCG